UUUGUUAGUGCACGUCAUCAGACCGCUGUCUCUGGCUUGUUGCCUAUUUGACCAGAGUGGAGCUGUCAGUUUAGUACAUUAAAAAAAGACAUUAAAAAAAGACAAAAUAGAAAAUCAAACAAACAACAGAAAGAGAACCGACAGCAUUCGCUCUCUCAUACAUUUAGAAUAGGCUACGGUUCGAGCUGUUUGUUUGAGCAAUUUGAGGGUAACGACAACUAACGGAACAUGGCUGGUGUGAUGACAGGUUUUGGUAACUUCACUCACGCCGUUAUUCGAGCUAUCCCCUCAUCCCUUGCUAAAGAGGCACUGAGGAUGAACGUUUUGGACGUGGACCUGGUGAAAGCUCAGCGGGAGCAUGAGGUAUAUGUAGGGGUUCUGAAGCACAAACUCGGGCUGCAGGUGAUAGAACUCCCCGCCGAUGAGUCGCUCCCAGACUGUGCGUUCGUGGAGGAUGCCGCUGUGGUUUGCGGUGACACGGCUCUGAUCACCAGACCCGGGGCAGAAAGCAGAAGGAGAGAGACGGAGGCUAUGCGGCGAGCUCUGAAGGAGCUGGAGCUAAACAUCGUUGAGAUGUCAGACGAGAACGCCACUCUGGACGGAGGAGACGUCCUCUUUACAGGUAGAGAGUUCUUUGUGGGGCUUUCCAAACGCACCAAUCAGAGAGGAGCAGAGAUCCUGGCGGAUGCGUUCAAGGACUAUGCUGUAUCCACUGUCCCUGUCACUGAUGGUCGACACCUUAAGAGCUUUUGCAGCAUGGGAGGACCAGGCCUCAUCGUGAUUGGCUCCAGCGAACCGGCUCAGAAAGCCCUGAAGAUCAUGCAGCAGAUGAGUGACCAUCGCUACAACAAACUGACGGUGCCUGAUGACAUUGCAGCCAACACCAUCUACAUGAACCUCCCCAGCAAAGGCAAUGUACUGCUACACUGCAACCCAGAGGAGUUCCCAGAGAGUGCCAAAGUGUUUGAGAAGCUGAAGGACCACAUGUUGAUCCCAGUGUCGAACAUGGAGAAGGUCAAGGUGGACAGAGCCCUCACCUGCUGCUCCGUUCUCAUCAACAAGAAGGCCAAAGUCUGAUCUGAGCAUGCUCCGUUAGGGGUCUCUCAGGCAGACCUGGGUUCAAAUACUAUACUUGAAAUCUUUCACAUACUUUGAUGUGCCAGGUGGGCAGGGUUUGCAAUUUUGUGACUAUACUAUUGGGCCAUUAUUAAGCCAGGCAAGCUUAAUCAAGUGCAGACAAAGUAUUUUUUUAAUAGUAUUUGAACCCAGGUAUGCUCUCAGGGCAGGGUCGGCCCACUGCUGACCCCUUGCCCGGUUGAGAACCCCUCUACAGACCCCAACAGCCUAGGUGCAUGUCUGUUUCUGGCCAGUCUGUUUCUGCUGUAUUGCCCCCCAAAACAGACUGUCAUCCAGGCUACCAACCCCCCUCCCCCUUCUGAAAGUGCUUAUGUGUCAAUCAAUCACUGUGCUUACUGAUCAAUGUUUACAACCCUUUACAAUAGAACACUGGAGGCUAAAAGGAUGGUGUUUCAUAGAAAACAUUAUUUUUUAACAUCUUUGGAGGAGCUAUAUAAUGUCACGGUAUAGUACAGUAUACAUUUUAGACUAGAGUAUACAGUAUGCAUAGUGCAGUAGCUGGUUUAUGAAGAAUAUAACAAAAUGAAAAUCUGCCAAGAUAUAUUUACAAUCAACUGCUGAUUGCUCUCUCUAUAUUUAAUUUAGGAUUCAAUUCAUCAUGAUUCAUAAUCAUGCCAUGUAACUAGUAGAAGUUCUUAUUGAGGGGGAAAAAGGAAUGAAAUAAAAUCCACCCAGUUAUCAUCUGGAAAUUGUCAUAAUGAGCUGGUCUGCUCUCUCUGCCAAGGAGAUAUGAGUGCUCUUACUUUACAUUAUUGUUGAUGAAAAAAAAUCGAUAUGAUUAUUGAACAGGAAUGUUGAUCGAUCCCUAGCUGAUGGUGGUGCUAGUUAUUCCAUCCAGCUGAUCAAAGGGUUAGUUCCUCUUGUUAAACUGUGAUUCUGAAGUCUAAACCCAGGGUAGGAAACUAACUACAAAAUGCACAUGCAGUUGUCAUCAUCAAAAAUGUUAAUUUCCUACCCUGCCUUAACCUAAGCUGUGCCCACUUUAUGAAGGAAUGAGCACUACUUCCCUGCCGUGUGCUGUGUAUGACAUGUUUGUAAUGACCAAUACUUGUAAUUUCUCAUUAUACUAUACAUACUUUUAACAUGUCUCAAUUUGCUGUGUGCCUCCAUCUUAAGCCUUAAUAACUACUGCUGUAUACUCUAGUCAAGAAGCCAUUAAAGCAGCUUUUCUAUGUUUUAAAUGUUUUAAACCCCUUUAUUGUCCAUGUAUUGACUACUAUAUUCUACAGGUAAUUGCCAAAAUAAAAGGAAACACUUGAGUAAAUGAGGGAUACAAAGUAUACUUGACAAAAAUAUAAAG